CGGAUUAGUAACGCACUUAUAUUGCAUAAAAGUUAUUAGUUUUCUACUUGGUUAUUUGCGUUUUUUCCCAAAAGAGCCUAUCAGUAGUUGUUUCUAAGAGUCAGUUUCAUGUCAACAUUCAGCUGCUAUAGGCCUACUUGAAGCUGUACUUAUCACGUAAACAAAUGGCCUAAACAAGCUAACAACUUAUGUUUUUGUUUUUGAUACUUACUUAAACGAAACAUCUUUAGGUGUCUUAAAGAUGGUAAUUCAUCACAUUUAGAAGCUACCACAUAAAUAUUAAUAGGCUUGUUUCUUCAUAGGCAGGAUACACCGAAGUAAUCAUGGCCAUGUUGUCCUGGGCCAAAAUGUGGAGAGAAGGAUUUAAACAGACUCAAAACAGCUUUGAAACUCAUCCUGGACUGGUUCUUUUGAGGGCGGGAGACAGCAGGUUAUGUGUCCAGGUCUUUCUCGCACACCUUCCUCGACCCCAUUGCUCCCACCCGAGAAGUAGGGUGGAGAGGAGGGCUCUGCGGUCAGAAGCAGGGAGGGGUCAGAGAAACCAGCUAGCCCAGAGCAGCGUUUCCAGCGUGCUGUUGGGUUCGGGGCGGUAAAACAGCUGAAAGCCGACCAUGAGGAAUACAUGAAGUGCCACGUGAUGAUGGUAGAAUCAGCAACUGAGACCAUUCGAACAACACCCUCCAAUCAAAAUGGAGUCAGCAGCCUAAGCAGCCAAUCAGAUGGCGGAGGAAGAGAGGGCGGGUCCAACGGUGACACCAAUGGGGAGAUCAGUCCGGUGGAUUUACUGCACCUUCAACAGCAGCAGGCCCUCCAGGCAGCACGCCAGUUCAUCCUCCAGCAGGCCACAGGACUCAACUCCCCCAGCAGCAACGAGGUCAAACAGAGCCCUGUGCAGGUGCCAGUAUCCAUGGCAAUGAUGACCCCACAGAUGAUAACUCCUCAGCAGAUGCAGCAGAUCCUCUCUCCGCCUCAGCUCCAAGCUUUACUCCAACAGCAACAAGCCCUUAUGCUGCAACAGCUGCAAGAGUACUACAAGAAGCAACAGGAGCAGCUGCAUCUCCAGCUCCUUACCCAGCAACAACAAGCAGGGAAGCAGGCCAAAGAGCAGCAGCAGUUGGGGAAUAAACAGCUGGCUUUCCAACAGCAGUUGAUCCAGAUGCAACAACUACAGCAGCAACACAUUCUGAAUCUACAAAGACAGGGCCUGGUGAACCUACAGCCGGGCCAAGGAGCAGUACCCAUUCAGAGCCUGCAGCAAGCCAUGUGUCCCACUGACCUGCAGCAGUUGUGGAAGGACGUGGCCGGUGUUCAGAGCACAGAGGAGGCCAUGAAACACGAGGGUCUCGAUCUGACCACCAACAGCUCCAACACUACCUCAUACUCGGCCUCCAAGGUCUCACCUCAGAUCCCCCAUCAUCCUUUGCCAAAUGGACAGAACUCUGUGCACACUCCAAAGAGAGACAGAGCAAGACUCUUUGAGUGGAUCUCGUCCUUCACCAAGGAGUCCAGUGACGAGCAUCUCACGCCUUAUUCCAAAGGCGGUCCCCUGCAGAGCACUCACUCAACCCAUGAGGAACACACGGCCUCCCACCCGCUCUACGGACACGGCGAGUGCAAGUGGCCCGGCUGCGAGGCGCUCUGCGAGGACAUGGGCCAGUUCAUCAAGCACCUGAACAGUGAACACGCCCUGGAUGAUCGCAGUACAGCCCAGUGCAGGGUCCAGAUGCAGGUCGUUCAACAGCUGGAGAUACAGCUGGCCAAAGAGAGCGAGCGUUUGCAGGCCAUGAUGACCCACCUGCACAUGCGUCCAUCAGAGCCAAAGCCUUUCAACCAACCUCUGAACCUGGCCUCUAGCGUGUCGCUGUCAAAAAGAGAAAGUGAGGGGUUUCCUGAGGGCUUGCCUCAUCCCCCCACCUCCGCCGCAACUCCCAUCACCCCCAUGAGGCAGGGACCCUCCGUCAUCAGCUCCUCCAGCCUGCACGGAGUCGGACCCAUCCGUCGGCGCAACUCCGACAAGUUCUGCACCCCCAUCGCUUCGGAACUUGCACAGAAUUGUGAAUUCUACAAAAACGCUGAUGUCAGGCCUCCAUUCACCUACGCCUCCCUCAUACGACACGCCAUUCUGGAAGCCCCUGACCGACAGCUGACUCUAAACGAGAUCUAUAACUGGUUUACACGAAUGUUCGCCUAUUUCAGGAGAAACACAGCAACAUGGAAGAAUGCUGUGCGCCAUAACCUGAGUCUGCACAAGUGCUUUGUGCGGGUCGAGAACGUCAAGGGUGCUGUUUGGACCGUGGACGAAGUGGAAUACCAAAAGAGGAGACCACCAAAGAUGACCGGAAGUCCCACUCUUGUGAAGAAUAUGAUUUCUGGGCUGGGAUUUGGCUCCCUUAAUGCCAGCUAUCAGGCUGCACUUGCAGAGAGCAGUCUUGGUCUUCUGAACAGCCCCACCCUGAUGAACAACAGCACAGGUGCGAGCCUCAACAUGCUGCACGUCGGCCACGAUGAUGUCAGCAGCACUGUUGAACAAGUCAACAGUAACGGCAGCUGCAGCCCUGGCCUCUCUCCGCAUCAGUAUGGACACCAAGUCCAUGUGAAAGAGGAGCCAGCCGAGAUGGAGGAGGACAGCAGACCCGUGUCCCUCAUGGCAUCUGUCACUCAAAACCUGAGCAUGCCCGGUGACGAGCGCGACAUGGAGGAGGAGCUUCCCACGGAGGAGCUUGAGUAAGAGGAAGGGUUGAUGGAGGCAGAGCUCACCGGCCCGACCACUCCCUCAUAUUCAAGAUGUUCAAGAUCAAGUGAGAAAACAAAGAUACAAAACCAACUACAACUUCAAAAACCAAAACAGGGUUAGACCUCAUCUGUUCACAAUGCAAAAACACACAACAUGUUCCCCCCACCCCCUUCGAGUUUUUUAUUUCCUCAGUCAGUACCCUGAAAAAGGCCCUCUGAGUGCGUUCAUGUCCUCCUGCGUCUGAUAGAAGUACGGACCAGCGUAUCUAAAGCUACUGAGGGAAAUCUGACGUCAGUAUACACGCUUAGUCAUUUUUUUCCCCCAGAAGUCACUUGAGGUUUCUCUAUUUUAAGUCUUUUUAGCUUUAAUUUGUCUGUUCUUUGGGCCUGAGAACACUGCUUUUCUAUGGGAUAAAUACACAGCGGUGAUUUACCUCAGACAGAUGUUCACAUGCCUGAAAAGAGAGGAAAAAGAUGACAAACACACAUCUUCAGAAUGACUUCUGCUUUCAACCGGAUUUUUGUACUCGUUCAAAGGAGAUGCUGUAAGACUCAGUAACUUUGCGGUCACACAGAUAAGUUCACCACUCUCGACAAAGGCAAAGACUGAAACGAAACAAGCUGAAAGACUGGCAACGGCGUCCCCGGCCAACUCCUUUGUUUCUUUUCUUUUCUUUUCGUCUCCCUUACAUGACUGGACCGGAGAAACAGGGGGACGCGUUCUGUCUCGAGGCGGCGUUAGCUUCGGGUCAGACGGCGGGUGCUUGUGCUGUCCUUAACUUUAUCUGAUGGUAUCCACAAGAAUCUGCCGGAACGUGCUUUUCCCCAUCGCUCUUUGUCAGACUAAACGUAGAAAAUGUUGCUACCCCCAAAAAAGGCAUAUUUCAGGAAAAGGAACUUUUUUGCUGUUGUUCUCCUGUGGUGCUGUUAUGACAGCCAGACUGACAUGAGGCGUGUGGAGGACCGGCUCAGAGACUUUAUUGACUGUAUUGUUGAUUAUAAUAUGUGUGCAGUAGCUUUCGAUUUCGUUUUACUUUCAUAGUCAUUUAUUUCUAAAGGAUCAACAUUUUUUCAUUGUGAUGUAAUUCAGCUAUUAUAUGUCUUCUGUUAAUGAUUGUUUUGUUUUUUUUUUGUUUUUUUUUAUUCUCUCAUCAUUCCAAAAAGGGGUUACGUUUGGGAGAGAAGUUCCAAAAUCCUUAUUCUCCACCCCCCCACCCCCCCAAAAAGUCCAAAACUUAACCUAGCGUUAGAUCACAAGCAAAUGAGGAUAGCACUUAGCGUUAAGUGAAAACCGAAACAGAUGAAAUCUAACGUCAAAUAGCAACAAAACCACUCGAACAUUUCUAUAGCAGAGAGAAGCUGAAACUAAAGAGGUGGAAUACGCGUCGCAGGGCUCCCUGUACGAUCCUGAAAAACUUUACAGGCACUCAUAUCUCUCUUUUUUUCACAAAUUUGCUCCAUUUAUUUGUUUAUUUUGAAAAUUUUCAGAUCUUAUUUUCCCAGAUUUGCAGCAUUUCCUUCGUUCGUUUCAGAAUUUUCUGUAGUAGCCAGUUGAUAUCAGCUGCGAUACAAAAUAUUGCUUUAACGUAAAAGAUAACACGGUCACGGAAUACCUCAGACCACAGUGUUUGCCCCCUCUCGCUGUUAUUACAAAGGGGAUUUGUACUGUGGCUAACCAACAUAGUGACUCUUUCAUUGUCAGUUCAAAGUUCUAUAGUUACUAGAUAUAUAAAAGUUAUUUGCAAUUCACUGUGUGAGUAGAAAGUGUCUGAUUAGCAUGUGAGAUUUUGCUUUCACUGACUAUAAAAAAACUUUUCUCAGUAGUGCCAUGCCAAAAUUUCGAGUUUUAAUUUAAUAUAUGUUGCUUUUUUUAGUUUUUUCCCCAUUUUACUUUUGUUACAGGUAACCAAAGAGAUAUUUAGUAAACCAAAAAAAAAAACUCUUUUUUUAUUUAUCAUUUCUUCUUCCUAAAGAACUGGCCAAAAGAACACAAAUACGUCAUUUGAAUAUUUAAUUUUUCCUUUUUUUUUUCCUUUUUUUUUCCAGUUAAAUGUUUUUUUUUUUACUUACACUACAGAGCAUUCCAAAAACCAAAGUGUAAAAUGCAAAUGCUUUUUUUUUUUGUUCAAAAAAAAAAGACAGAACUGUUUUAAUAUAAGUUAACCUAAUGAGUUCUUAACACUACACAUGUUUAAAGGCCAAAAAACAAACCGCAAAGGAAACAAAAAGCAAAAAAAGCAGUAUUAACAAGCCUCUUGCAGUUCCUUAGUUAAUGUACAAAGCACUUACCGAUCUGAGAAAGGAAGCUCUCUACCCCAUCUUGUGCUCAGGCGAUUGCAGUGUUGAGAACGCAGUCUUAAGAUUGCGAAGGACUUUACAUGCAAAAGGCACUUGAAUAACAGUCGAUGUACUUUGUGACACUAGAAGCCAGCAGCAAUUACUCAGCAUUAUGGUUUACUUCAAUUACCAGUAUUUCACAAUUAAACGCAGUUCGACAAAUACCAAAAAACGCAGGCAAGCACUUGCUUGUUGUGCUUAAAGUAUUAUUUACCACACUAAUAAGGGAUGGCUGAUAGGGACUCGGAUCAUUUCAAACACAACAGGACUGUUCAAGUAAUUAUUUUCCACUUUUUUUAUGUUGGAGGAUCUUUCUGACGUACCUGGUCAAACGAGACCCGUGUAUUCAUUUCAUACACACCUUCGAAACACCUUCAAAGAAAUAAAACCAAAAAUAAUGCUACCUCCUUUUGAAAACGAUUCACAAAAUAGAUAGGCCAAUGAAAGUCACCUAUAGUCAUUCAAAAGGUGUAAAUCCCUUCUAGUUUUUCAUUCAUACACGAAAUAAAAAAAGUCGGAAAAACCAAAAUACGAUUCUUGUUGCGUAGCUGUGAACGGAGCUUGUCGAUUCCUCUCGAUUCCAAAUUCAUUAGCAUGAAUGGAAACAAAUAAACGAGACACAACGGGGAAAAAAAAGACGACUACCUCUCCACCCCCUCCUGAAAAAAAAAAAAAAAAUGCUGAGUCCUGUUAAGUAUGAAGCAUUAAGUGGUCAACAUAUUUAAAAGGGUCUACUCCAAAUCACAUAUUCCCCACUUUAAGUGAUCUAUUAGCAUAGUGUCUAUGUACAGGUCCUCUGUGCGGAGGCUUAAUUGUGUGUUCUAAUUCCGCAUGCAUAAUGAGAGGCCAGGCCAAUGAGAGCCAUCGAGCUGGCCGGUCAUUAGAGCGUACUCAAUGGGCCAGUCAGUUGGGUGUCAGAAAUGAUGAUAGGCAGAAUGCAUUAACGCAGGCCACUCUCGCACGGACCCCGCUUCCCAAUUAAUGCAAAGUGUAGCUUCGUGACGGCUGUGGAAAAAAUAGCACACACACACACCAUCCCAGAGAGAUCAUCACGCUCCUAGUGAAACAGGCCUUUAUUUUUACCGCACAACGAAACCGAAAUAUCCAAAGACAACCAUCGAGCUUGUGCUACAAGAACUGAGGAUUGCGAAGGAAUUGAAAAACUCUCACAAAUGAAUUGCUGCAUUCACGAAAUGGACUACAAUUGUGCUUUAAGGUACAUGUGUGUAAACAAAGCUGUUUUGUAAGAUGUGGACUGAAACACAUCAGUGGUGAUCGCCAUGACUCUUUCGUUACUUUUACGCGCGUUGUAAUGAUGUAUUAUUGUAUAUUACCGUUCGGCUUGGCUCUGAAGGGCAUUCCCUCUUUUUCGUGUUUCAUUUACUUGUUUUCUUUUCGCUUUUAUUUUUCCGCACCUGUUUUUUUUUUUUUUUUAGCUAUUGUAAAGUUUUGAGCUCAGAAUUCCUAUACUGUAUUGCUUAUGCUAAAGUGUAUGUAUUUAUCAUAUUAUGUGCUGCAGGUAUCAUGGUUAAAUUUUGUUUUCCUUUUUUUCCCCCCAGUUUUUCUGUCAUUAAACGUCUGGGACGAUGAUUUUUUUUUUUUUUUUUUUUUUUUUGUGUAUUAUCUCGAGAAAAAAAAAGACAGAUUAAGAGUUAGAUAAGUGGUUUAGGUAACACACCUGUUUGUAUAUUUAUCUUAGCUAGGUCUAUUUUGAUACUUUUUGUCUCUGUAGUGCAUUUAUGCAUUUUUAAGGAAAAAAGAGAGAAAACAAACUAAAAAGUUGAACUCAUUGUGUAAUGAUACCUCAGAAGGACUUUUCUCAAAAGACAGGACCAAAACUUCAGAAAAACAGUGAAAGAGAAAAAAAAAAACAUUGAAGAAAAAAAAAAAUGUGUAGCCCUCUCUUGCUUAUAAGAAAGAGCAACUUUAAGGUGUUUUUUUUUUUUUUUAAUUAUUGGUCCUUUAGGUGCCAAUAUAUGUACAGACUCCCUUUAAAGUCAACUCAUAUUUACCAUGAGCACUCAAAGCUGUCUCUCAUAAGGCAAUAGCGCUCCAGAUUUGUACAGAAAGUCUCUGAGAAAGUGCACGGAUUGGCUCUCUUCAGUGGGUGAUUGUCGAUUGAGAGAGACUUACUUAUAUUUUCAGACUUUUCUGCACCCUUGAAAAUGGGACCAUGAAGUCCUGCAGGCUAUUUUCGACCACUGUUUGCCAUUCGCUGUGAACUUGGUGUGGCUUUUCCACAGUAGCAUACCAAAUAAGAUUGUGAAAAGGCUUUUAGAAAUGCAGUUCAUCUUCAGUGACCACCAAAGGGAUUGUGGAUAGACGUCUGUAUUCCAAAUCGAUCAAGUCUGCCACAACUGUAACCAAACAAAUGUGUGACGAAGGUGACGGCGGUAUUUUACAUUUCAUGUUUAUCCACCCUACAACCCAGAGCUCCAUUGCCUGGUUAUGAAUAGCUUUGAGCUGCCGCUCUCUAAGUAAAGGACCCCUGCAGGGGGAGCUUUUGCCUGAUGGUAUUAACUUCUGCGGCCAAUCAAAUGGAACUACCACUUCGACUCUCCUCUCAUUGUAUUUUUACGAAUGUGUGUACAUUUUCAGCAGUGACUUCUAUGUACUUUAGUUUCAUUUUAACUUGUUUACUUCUCUUUAUUAUUUUUUUUUACAUUUGUUUUGCUUUUUCAGAUGAGACUUGGGGGAAGAAUAGGUGGUGGCUUUUGAAAUGGUAUAGAAAAUUUUAAAAAAGGCAACUAGCCAUCCACCUUUGUCAUUCUAACCCCCGGUGACCAUGUUUAUGCCAGUCACUGCCGUUUUUCUUCAUGCUGUAUAAAAAACACAUAUAUCUGUGUAUUUGUAACCUGAAUCUUCUUGUGUCUGUUCAUGCAGACAAUAAAAAACUGUACAGUAGGUCUAGUUGCAUGUAAUCUGUACUAAUUAUUGACAAUGGCAUUAUAAAAUGCAAUAAAAAUACUUAUUACACUGUC